AUGCUGAUCAAAGUGAAAACAUUGACUGGUAAAGAAAUCGAGCUGGACAUUGAGCCAAACGAUCGUGUGGAACGAAUCAAGGAAAAAGUCGAGGAGAAAGAGGGCAUUCCGCCACCACAACAAAGGUUAAUUUUCUCCGGAAAGCAGAUGAAUGACGACAAAACUGCCACAGACUAUAAGGUUAGUUCUUUCAAUUAUUUUUUCCAAAAAAAUUAUGUAUUUAAUUGAAAAAUUGUCUGCACUUUUCGAAUAAUUUGAAAAUUUUCCAAAAAAAAAAUCGAUUCAGGUUGUUGGUGGCUCGGUUCUUCACUUGGUUUUGGCGCUUCGCGGUGGCAACUAA